AUGUGUGGGAAGCUGUCCAAGUGCUCCCGCCUGGAGGUGAUCCUCAUUGUUUGCCUGGCGUUGAUGACAGCAGUGACCAUGGUGCUCCUCAUCCUCCACUUUGUUUUCAGAGAGAGUAAGGGCAAGUUGAGCUAUUUCAGUCCUGCCAUCACACCCCACUGGAAUGUGUAUUCUAGAGAAGCAACAGCAAACUACUUACUGGGUGUAGGUCGAGCUGACUGCACGGGACCUGUGGCAGAAGUUCCUCUGAUGGGAUACGCCAACCCAGACCAGGUGGGUGGUGGUCUUCUCACACGCCUCUACAGCCGAGCCUUCAUCAUGGCAGACCUUGAUGACUCCAGGCGAGUAGUGUUUGUCAGCAUCGACAUAGGAAUGGUGUCUCAAAGGCUGAGGCUGGAGGUGCUCAAGAAGCUGAAGAGCAAGUAUGGUGAGCUGUAUCGACAGGACAACAUUAUCCUCAGUGGAACCCACACGCACUCAGGGCCUGGUGGCUAUUUCCAGUACACUCUCUUCUGGAUCACUAGCAAAGGGCUAAUCACGUCAUCCCUCAAUGCUAUUGUGAAUGGCAUCAUAAAGAGCAUUGAUAUAGCACAUCAAAACAUGAAGAGAGGAAGGCUUUUUAUAAACAGAGGCACUGUGGCAAACAGCCAGAUCAACAGAAGCCCCUUCUCCUAUCUUGAGAAUCCAGCAUCUGAACGAAGCAGGUAUUCAUCCAACACAGAUAAAGAAAUGUUGAUGCUGAAGAUGGUAGAUGAGAAUGGACAGGAACUAGGCCUGAUCAGCUGGUUUGCUGUGCAUCCAGUCAGCAUGAACAACACAAACCAUCUUGUGAACAGUGACAAUGUGGGCUACGCAUCUUACUUGUUCGAACAGGACAAGAACAAGGGGAUGCUUCCUGGAGAGGGUUCUUUCGUUGCUGCCUUUGCAUCCUCCAACUUAGGAGAUGUGUCGCCCAACACCAAAGGCCCGUUCUGCAUAAACACUGGGGAGUCAUGUGAUAACCCUCAGAGCACCUGCCCCAUGGGAGGGGCAAUGAUGUGCAUGGCCAUGGGUCCUGGAAAUGACAUGUUUGACAGUACGAGAAUUAUAGGACAAAAUAUCUACUGGAAAGCAAGGGAGCUGUAUCAAAAAGCUUCCCAGGAAGUCACAGGACCCAUCAGCUCAGCUCACCAGUGGGUCAACAUGAGUGAUGUCUCAGUGGAGCUCAAUGCUACACACACGGUUAAAACAUGUAAACCUGCCUUAGGAUACAGCUUUGCUGCAGGGACUAUUGAUGGAGUGGGAGCUUUCAACUUCACACAAGGCUCAGUAGAAGGGGACCCGUUUUGGGAUGAAAUCCGGAACCAGCUACUGGGAGAGCCAUCCAAUGAAACAAAAGCCUGCCACAAACCCAAGCCAAUCCUCUUUAGCACCGGUGAGAUGACUUGGCCUCACCCAUGGCACCCUGAUAUUGUGGAUAUUCAGAUUGCUACUGUUGGGUCACUGGCAAUCAUUGCUGUUCCUGGAGAGUUCACGACCAUGUCUGGACGCAGGCUACGGGAAGCUGUUAAAAAAGAAUUUGAUUCUCAUGGUAUGGCAAGAAUGGAUGUCGUAAUUGCUGGUCUGUGUAAUGUCUACACCCAUUACAUUGCCACCUAUGAAGAAUACCAGGUUCAACGAUAUGAGGCUGCAUCGACUAUUUAUGGACCACACACGCUUUCUGCUUAUAUUCAAUUAUACAGAGGACUUGCAAGGGCUAUUGCUAUGAAUACAGUUCAGGAUUUGCCACGUGGUCCACAGCCCCCAUAUUUCAGUAUCACUAACUUGACCUUGCUGCCUCUUCUCACUGUUGAUCGUGCACCAGUGAAUAAGACUUUUGGGGAUGUGCUACAAGAUGUGAGACAACAGUAUCAAGCGGGAGAAGUUGUUGAAGUGACUUUUGUCGGUGCAAACCCCAGGAACUCUGCAGAGAAUGUGACUGAACACAACUUCCUGACAGUGGAGAGAUCUGCCAGCACUUCAGACAGCUGGCAUGUGGUACAGAAUGAUGCCUCCUGGGACACCAGGUUUUACUGGAUCAAAGGAUUACUUGGUCAGAGCAAAGUGACUGUUGAAUGGCACAUCCCCCAUGGCACAGAGUCGGGUAUCUACAGGAUACGGUACUUUGGGCACUACAGGAAAAGACUGUCUUUGAAUCAUACUAUCUCUGUUCCAUUUGAAGGAACGUCUUCAGCAUUUGAAAUCACAACUCCCUAG